AUGGGUCAACGAAUGACACGUCGACAAGUUGAUGAAGGUCUUGAAUUAUAUGCACAAAAAAAUUAUGAUGCUGCAAUUAAAAAAUGGACAACAGCAUUACCUAAAAUGAAGGAUAAUCGUUUACGUUUUUCUACACUUGGUCAUUUAGCAUCAGCAUCGCGUGAUCGUGGUCGAAAUAAAGAUUAUCUUCUUCAUGCUGUACAACAAAUUGAUAUAGCUCAUGAACUUGAUGAUAAUGUACUUCGUGCUCAAGCUUAUUUAAAUCUAUCACGUGCAAAUGAAAUGCUUGCUGAUUACUUUAAAGCUGUAAGUUAUUCGCGUUUAGCUAUACAAUAUUCGCAAACAACAGAUUCUAUACAAGGUUAUGCUUUACUUGCUAUGGCCGAUUCUUAUAUAGGUUUAUGUAAUUUUCCAAAAGUACUUGAAUGUCUUGAUAAAGCUUUAAGUAUUUCACAUGAAAAUGAAGAUCAUUUAAUGGAAAUUCAAGUACUUAACACAAUGGGAAAAGUAUUCCUUGUAUUAAAAGAUUUUCCGAAAGCACUUGCAUUUCAACGUCGUGCUCAUGAGUUAGCUUUAUCUAAUGCUGCAUAUGCCGGUGAACAAAGUGCUAACACUAGUGCAAAAUUCGUACGUUUAACAAAACUAAAAUUAGCAACACCAUUAAGAUUAAUGGGUGAUCUUCAAGGUGCAACUAAAUGUGUUGAGGAAGCAAUGCGUUCAGCAUCUAGUCUUGGUGAUCGACCUGUUCAAGCCAAGUGCCUCGCAUCUGAAAUUCUUACAACAGCGUUAUCAACUGCAACAUCAAUGGGAAAUAAAUUAAUGCAAGCUCGAUGUCAUCUAUUAAAUGAACGUAUACUCGCUGCUGAUAAUCAAUUAGAAGAUGCACGACAAGCAUUUGAAAUAGCACAACGUCUUUAUCGAGAAAUUGAUCUUAUAUGUACGAUUUGUAAUACACCUAUGGGUAUGCAUCCAGAUCAAAUACAAAUAUUAACAUGUACACAUGUUUUUCAUGAAAGAUGUAUUUUAAAUUUAUUACAAAGAUGGACAUAUGAAGCACAAUCUUGUCCUAAAUGUAAUAAGAGUGUUUUAUAUAGUAGAAGUUAUAUUGCAUUAUCUUUGUUCUGA